ACUGGUUCGCAGGUGCUGCAUCGGGUUGCGCUCCUCAGCCGCGCAAUCCUCAGCCUCUCUAUCACGCCCGGCAGUGUUGUCGUCCUUGUGGCUCAAACCUCGGCCGCUGUGAUGGAGGCUAUGUUAGCUGUACUGGACGCCGGCUGUAUCCUAUGCCCCGUCAAUUGGCGAUGGACGACCGCGGAGCUGUCCCAAGCGCUGGUUCGGCUCGGCCCAGCACUGGUACUAUUCGACAUCAGCUGUUCUGAUCUUGUCCAUAAGGCUCUGGUCUCUGCAUUCCCGCCAUCUUCUUUAGACCUCCGUAACCACCACUCUCAACCUCCACAACCCCAGCCACAACGACAACCGGAGCCGCAGCUUCAGCUCCUAUCAUCACCAUGCGGUACGGCACUCCUGGUAUUCACCUCCGGCACUACAGCCGCCCCCAAGGCGGUUCGUCUCAGCCACGCCGCCUUCCACAUUCAGUCUCUGGUCAAACUUGCCCUUGUGGGUUAUUGCCGCGAGGACACCUACCUGCACCUGGCGCCGCUCUUCCACAUUGGUGGUCUCUCAUCCGCUUUUGCAGCCCUCAUGGCAGGCUGCACGCAAGUGUUCCUGCCGAGAUUCGAACCGCGGUUGGUGCUGCGAAUCAUUGUCCGUCACACCGUGAGCGCGUUCAUUGCCGUGCCUACCAUGUUGCAAGAUCUGGCGGCCGCAGCGACCGCAGCGGCGGCGGAGGCUGCUUGUGGUGGCAGUAGCAGUGGUAGUGGCGGCACAUCGGGCCUGAGGCCCCCCUGGGGCUGUGUGCGGCGCAUCCUGGUGGGAGCGGGGCCCACCUCGCCCCAGUUGCAGGACGCCAUCUGCCGUACCUUCCCUGGCGCUGACCUCCUGUCCGCGUACGGCAUGACGGAGGCGUGCUCGUCCAUGACGUUCCGCCACCUCAGCAGCGCGGCAUCUGUGUCGCCCUCAGGGACCCCUCCGGCCGCCGCCGCCGCCACUAGUGCGGUGUGCGUGGGCUGGCCUGCCCCGGGCGUGCAAAUCCGAAUCCGAAUCCGUACGGAGGCGGCGGCGGCAGACGCUGGUGCUACCCGGGGGCCUCACGUGAUGCUGGGCUACUGGGGCAACUCGGCGGCCACCGCGGAGGCGAUAUCCGCCGAUGGUUGGCUGAGUACGGGGGACCUGGGCUAUCUGGCUCAGGACGGGUCGUUGUGGUUGUUGGGACGAGCCAAGGACAUGAUCAAGAGCGGCGGCGAGAACGUGUUCGCGCCCGAAGUGGAGGCGGCUCUGUGCAGUCACCCGGCUGUGGCGGCGGUGGCGGUGGUGGGACUGCCGGACGAGCGGCUGGGGGAGAAGGUCGCAGCACUGGUGGUUCUGCGCAACGAGUGGAGCUUCCAGGACACAAGCACCACCAGCAGCACCAUGAGCACCAAUCGCAAUGCCACCACCACCACCACCACCACCACCACCAGCGGUUGCAUCACCAGCCUGGCGGACCUGCAGGCGCAUUGCCGGGCUCAGGGCUUAGCAGGAUUCCGGCUACCUCGCUUUGCGGCGGCGCAACGGCAGCCGCUGCCCACCACCAGCUCGGGCAAGGUGGCUAAAGCGGAGGUUCGGGAGCGACUG